ACGCUGAAUCCUCCGGAAGGAAUUGUGGCGGGUCCCAUGAACGAAGAGAAUUUCUUUGAGUGGGAGGCGCUGAUCAUGGGCCCAGAAGACACCUGUUUUGAGUUUGGUGUAUUUCCUGCCAUCCUGAGUUUCCCACUGGAUUACCCAUUAAGUCCCCCAAAGAUGAGAUUUACCUGCGAGAUGUUUCAUCCCAACAUCUACCCCGACGGCAGAGUCUGUAUCUCCAUCCUCCACGCGCCGGGCGACGACCCCAUGGGCUACGAGAGCAGCGCAGAGCGGUGGAGCCCCGUGCAGAGCGUGGAGAAGAUCCUGCUGUCGGUGGUGAGCAUGCUGGCAGAGCCCAACGACGAGAGUGGCGCCAACGUGGAUGCUUCCAAGAUGUGGCGGGACGACCGGGAGCAGUUCUGCAGGGUCGCCCGGCAGCUGGCGCAGAAGUCCCUGGGGCUGUGAGGCCCCGGCCCACACAUGGACACGCGCAGUGACAGUGACACCCUGUGCCGGUACCCAAAAAGGCGAGCUUGCAGAAGCACAGCGUCUGGUUUUUCCCUGCCUUUCCCGCUCCAAACAGGCUUCUCUUCUGAAAUGGUGAUUUAUGUAGGAUGAUGACGCCGGGCGCAGUUUUCCCCGUAUUCGCGUGGGUGGUCGGAGCCCUCGCCACUGCCCCUCCCAGCCGGGGCCCCGCAUGCCCCGUCGGUAGUGGCUUCCCUUCCGUCUGCCGGGCAGGGGGCGGCCAGAACCAGUUGUCCUUCUGAAGAAGCAGCAGAGGGUGGGCGGGACAGCUCUGGCCUUGCUCCCCGCGUGCCCCAGGGGGACGGCUGUCUGCGUCCCUGCUUUCUAGUGCUUCGGGGGUGUUGUCCUUGUCAUCUGGUUACAGCUUUUUGUUUGUCGCGCAUUACAAACUAUCACACAUGCUUUCAGGAAAUAAAUACUUCUUAAAAAUGUGGAUUAAUGAAAAACGGGGUGUGUACGAGAGAGGUUUACUGCUGGUCGUAAGGACUGACCGCUUCUUCCUGGUCCCGUUUAGCGAAGAGGUACACCGAUGGCCGGGUUUACUGGCACAUCACAGGGCGGGAGCACGCGAGACUGGACGUUUUGGUCAGUGUCUUCUGGACGCACAGGGGUCUGUCUUUUCCACAUAAACAUGGGGAGACGUUCUGUACGUCGUGGCCGCAGCAGGAAUGUUCAUUAUUGAGACAGUUCUUUUCACUUGGGGCUGGAAGGGAAUGUGCACCCCUAGUGAGCGCAGAGGCGUGCCUUAUCCCAACCUUGACCGGGGCCGGGGGCGGGGGCAGGGCACUCAGUGUGGGGUGUGAUGUCCCUGCCCUGGCACCAGGGGCUCCGUUCUAAGCAAUAACAGAUCUGUUGCAGAAUCAAGUAUUUGGCCUGUCAGACAGGUUACGUCUAAAUAGGAAUUUCUAUUUUUGAAAUGGGGGACAGUCUACAGGACAUACCGUGGGUUUUACUUCUCAUCCUUCUCUCCUCAGUCGCGUGUCCAGCGGGCGGGAGUCCGUCUCACCGACACCUGACACAGGGUUGCUUGGUGUUCACGAGACUGGUGGACGGGGCUCCGUC